CUAGUCGGGUUCAUUAACUGCUUAGCCACAGCAGGAACUCCCUGGACAAAGUUUUAAUCAGUAACACUGCUCAGCGUUUAGAUAUUUUAGGAGAAACUGAUGACCCCCAGCCCCUCACAUCACAACUGCCUGCACAUCCUGACUCACCAGCCCCCACGGUGGCUCCCAGGGUCGGGAGCACUACAUGCCCAGGCGGGGACAGCCAGGCCCACGGCUCCUGGCUGAUUCCAGUCCCCCGUGGUGGCUGCUUCCGUGGCUUCGUAGGGCUCCCUUUUCCACGUGGCUGUUCCCAAGGCACCGCGCCCUGGUCUCGGGAAGGAGCCCGCGUCCCGGACACCACAUCAAAGGCGCCAUCUGUUUCCUCCGGAUUGUGGGCUGGGACAGCCCGUCGUGGAAGCCGGCACGAAGGGGAGAGAAGCGAAAGUGCGGGCGGCCCUGCUCAGGCUUGGGUCUGGUCCCGGACACUCUCAGGAGGGGGGCAAACAGGCAUCCUCGUGCCGCACCGUGGGCCAUCGGGGGGCUCUCAGCAUGCGAUGCGGCACUUCAUCCUCCGGAUGCCCCCGUGUUGCACGGCUUAACGGGUGCGAGCUGAACUGCCAGGCAGCUGCCUGUGAGCCCUUGCGACGGGAGGGCUCCCGGCUGUCAUGGAGGAGAUGCAGCCCCGGGACCGUCCUGCGGCUGCGGGCGCGAGGCGGGCUCAGCCUCUCUGUGCAAAGUGUCGCUCGCCAAGCCAGGCAGCAUCUCCGUUUCCUCUCCGAGCUGGACAGCAGGCAAGACUAAUAGCCGGAACUUCCCAGUUUAUUUCCAGGGAGCCGGGCCUCCCGCCUGCGGUUGUCCUCUGGAACAUAAGGCUUCCUGAGCUUGGAAGGUGUGUUUGGCUCGCAGAGUCCCCGAGGCCGGGGGUGCAAAGCCCCCGCUAAGGAAGGAAACGCCCAGGACUCGUGAAUCGAUGGGCCAGGCCCUCGCCACACAGGGGCCGUUGUCUGACACACAGCCGGCUUCUCCUGUGCUGAGGCCUGCGAGGGUGCCAGGCGGGCAAGGGCUGCAGCGGCCUCUGUGGUGUGCAGGUGGCAGGAGGUGGAUUCCUCUGCCUCCCAAGUGGCCCGUGGGUGCCGGGCGUUACGGGGACUGUGGCCCGGACAGUCCACUCGGGGUCUUCAGAAGCCGUGUUGCCCGCCUAGCGUGCAGCCAGCGCCCGGGGCCCCACCCCACGUGUCUGGAAUCUGCCCGGGUCUCAACUCCCAGCGGAUCCCUGCUCGUGCCCUCAGAUCGGGUGUGGCUGUUGCGUGAGCCUGUCCUGAAGACCCAGAGCCUCUGCUGCCCGUCCUGGUGGGAAGACGACGUGAUGGCCAAGAGGGGAGCAUCUCCAGGGCCCCCCCAACGGUGGCUCUGCCUGUUGCCCCCACUGCGGCGCUGGCGGCGCCGGGAGGCCUCGAGGGGCCCACCGCCGGACGAAAUCAUGCACCAGGACCUCAGCCCGCUCUGUGCAGCCGACAUCCAGGAACAGCUGAAGAAGCGCUUUGCCUACCUGUCUGGUGGGCGGGGGCAGGACGGCAGCCCGGUCAUCACCUUCCCGGACUACCCGGCCUUUGGCGACGUCCCGGACAAGGAGUUCCAGAAUGUCAUGACCUAUCUCACCAGCAUCCCCAGCUUGCAGGAUGCUGGCAUCGGCUUCAUCCUGGUCAUCGACCGGAGGCAGGACAAGUGGACCUCGGUGAAGGCAUCCAUCCUGAGAAUAGCAGCAUCCUUCCCCGCCAACCUCCAGCUCGUCCUCGUCCUGCGCCCCACGGGCUUUUUCCAAAGGACCCUCUCCGACCUUGCCUUCAGAUUCAACAGAGAUGAUUUUAAGAUGAAGGUGCCGGUCAUCAUGCUGAGCUCAGUACCCGAGCUUCAGGGCUACAUCGACAAGUCGCAACUGACUGAGGACCUGGGCGGGACGCUGGAUUACUGCCACUCCAGGUGGCUGUGUCACCGCACAGCGAUCGAGAGCUUCGCCCUCAUGGUCAAGCAGACAGCGCAGAUGCUGCAGGCCUUCGGGACCGAGCUGGCCGAGACGGAGCUGCCCAACGACGUCCAGUCCACAAGCUCCGUGCUCUGUGCCCACACGGAGAAGAAGGACAGAGCCAAGGAGGACAUGAGGCUGGCGCUGGACGAGGGGCGGAGCGUCCUGGAGAGCAUCCGCGAGCCGCUGGCCAAGAGCCCGGAGCAGAGCCUGAACCAGGACCAGCUGGACAGUCAGACCACCGUGCAGCGGCUCCUGGCCCAGCUGAAUGAAACCGAGGCCGCCUUUGAUGAGUUUUGGGCAAAGCAUCAGCAAAAACUGGAGCAGUGUCUGCAGCUCCGGCAUUUCGAGCAGGAUUUCCGGGAGGUCAAAGCCGCUUUGGACGCGUUGGCCCAGAAGGUGGCAACCUUUACGGACGUGGGCAACAGCCUGGCACACGUGAAGCACCUCCUGCAGGACCUCACCAGCUUCGAGGAGAAAUCCAGGGCAGCGGUGGAGCGGGCCCACGCCCUGUGCCAGGCAGGUGAGCAGCUCAUCGAGCACAAGCACUACGCCGUGGACUCCAUCCGCCCCAAGUGCCACGAGCUCCGGCACCUGUGUGACCAGUUUUCGGCAGCCGUCGGGCACAGGAGGGGGCUGCUGAGUCAGUCCCUGGAACUGCACUGCCUCCUGGAGGCGUCCAUGAAGUGGUGCGAUGAGGGGAUUUACCUGCUGGCCUCGCAGCCCGUGGAUAAGUGCCAGUCCCAGGACGGCGCCGAGGCUGCCCUCCAGGAAAUCGAGAAGUUCUUGGAGACAGGGGCGCAAAACAAGGUCCAGGAGCUCAGUAAAAUCUACCAGGACUACGAAGCCAUUCUCACCCAGGACCUGCUGGAGCACGUGCAGAAGGUCUUCCAGAAGCAGGAGAGCACAGAGGAGAUGCUUCACCGCCGGCAGGCCAGCCUCAAGAAGCUGGCGGCCAAGCAGACGCGGCCCGUGCAGCCGGUGGCCCCCCGGCCAGAGGCGCUCACAAAAUCGCCCUGCGCCUCCCCAGGCAUCCGGAGAGGCUCCGACCACCACAGCACCGAGGGCAGCGCCCUCCGGAGGGGGCCCUACAGAAGAGCCAAGAGUGAGGUGAGCGAGGGCCGCGUGCGGGGCAGCUCCGCGGGCGACGAGGAGGAGAGCCUGGCCGUCCUGCGCAGGCACGUGAUGAACGAGCUUCUGGACACAGAGCGGGUCUACGUGGAGGAGCUGCUAUGCGUCCUGGAGGGCUACGCCGCUGAGAUGGACAACCCGCUGAUGGCACGCCUGGUCUCCACCGGCCUUCGGAGCAAGAAGGACGUCCUGUUUGGAAACAUGGAAGAAAUUUACCACUUUCAUCACAGAAUAUUCCUGAGGGAGCUGGAAAACUACCUUGACUGCCCAGAGCUGGUCGGAAGGUGCUUUCUAGAAAGGAUGGAAGAGUUCCAGAUCUACCAGAAGUACUGCCAGAACAAGCCGCGCUCCGAGAGCCUGUGGCGACAGUGCUCCGACUGCCCGUUCUUCCAGGAAUGCCAGAAGAAGCUGGACCACAAGCUGAGCCUGGACUCCUACCUGCUGAAGCCCGUCCAGAGGAUCACCAAGUACCAGCUGCUGCUCAAGGAGAUGCUGAAGUACAGCAAGAGCUGCGAGGGGGCCGCAGACCUGCAGGAGGCGCUCAGCUCCAUCCUGGGCAUCCUCAAGGCUGUGAACGACUCCAUGCACCUGAUCGCCAUCACGGGCUAUGAGGGGAACCUGAGCGACUUGGGGAAGCUGCUGAUGCAGGGGUCCUUCAGCGUCUGGACGGACCACAAGAGGGGCCAUGCCAAGGUGAAGGACCUGGCCAGGUUCAAGCCCAUGCAGCGCCACCUGUUCCUGCACGAGAAGGCCGUGAUCUUCUGCAAGCGGCGGGAGGAGAACGGCGAGGGCUACGAGAAGGCCCCGUCCUACAGCUACAAGCAGUCCCUGAAUAUGACGGCGGUCGGCAUAACGGAGAACGUGAAAGGGGAUGCGAGGAAGUUCGAGAUCUGGUACAACGCCAGAGAGGAGGUUUACAUCGUGCAGGCACCGACUCCGGAGGUCAAGGCGGCGUGGGUGAGCGCCAUCCGGAAAGUGCUGACCAGCCAGCUGCAGGCCUGCAGAGAGGCCAGCCAGCACAGAGCCCUGGAGCAGUCCCAGAGCCUGCCCCUGCCCACGCCGGCCAGCACCAGUCCCUCAAAAGGGAACACAAGAAACAUCAAGAAGUUGGAAGAAAGAAAAACGGACCCGCUAAGCCUGGAGGGAUGUGCGGGACAGAUGCCAUUGCCAAGGCCCCCCGAGAAGGCCAAAGAUGACGCGGUCCCUAGCUCUACCUCCGAAAGCGCUGCACUUUCCAAAAAGCGCUUCGCUCUGCAGAGCUUUGCUGCCCUCAAAGGUCAGAAAGCUUCUCCUCCCAGCCCUGACAAAAAAGCUAAGCGACACCAAGUAAAGAGCGACCCAACGCCUUUUGGUUUACGAGGUUGGAGCAAAACAUCUCACCCCUCAGAGGGCCCUGAGGACAACGAUGGCUGGUCCAGCGCCGAGGAUCCAAUUAACUCCUCAGACGCAGAAGAAGAGGGCGGAGUGGGCCCCCGGAAGCUGGUCUCUGGGAAGUACACGGUGGCGGGAUUGGAGGAGAAGGGGUCUCCGGACGCGCUGGCCCUGAGAAGCGGGGAUGAGGUGGAGCUGCUGCAGGAGGGUGACGAGGGCCUCUGGUAUGUGAGGAACCUGAGCUCCGGUGGCGAGGGCUGGGUGCCCGAGCAGGUCCUGUCCUCGCUUCUCGGCCAACGCAGCUCAGCCGGGUGCCUGAGCAGCCCAGAGUCCAGCGCCGGGUCCGCCUUGCUGAGCGCCUCGUCCAGCUGCAGCGAGAGCUGCCCGGCCCCCCUCGCGGACCUGCAGGCGUAGCCCCGCGGCCGCAGCGCCGCGGCCCCGGGCGCUCAGAGCGCUCCUUCGCUCGGGCCGGCUGCGCGCGGCGAGGGGGCGGUGCCGGGGGCGGCGCCCGGGGAGAGGAGGAGCCGCGUCCCGCCCCGCCCACGGGACCGCCCACGAGACUCGGCUGCCGCGGGGGCCCCAGACCCGAGGAGGAGUCAGGCCUGCGGCCUCUGCACCAGGACGCCGCCACCCCGGCUUCGUCGGGGAAGCGGGACCGCGUCCGCCCCCUCUGGCCCCGCCCGGCCGCCGCUGCGCUUUGGUUUCUGACAUCCCGGUCUGGUGCUUUCUGCAGGAACACGCGUUCUGUGGAACCGCUUCCGAAAGAAGUGACCGAUUCACUGACCCCACAGCUCGGGGCGGAGGUCGAGUUUGUCUUCUACAGAUUUUUUUAAAAGCAGGGAUUAAUCCUACGGCCAUCUUUUGUGGUACUUUGGCCUCUAACCUUUACCAAGAAUCACUGUGUUUACAUGAAAUGACAAUUUGAUACUGUAUUUGAUAUACACCUAUUUUUUGUUACCGGGGUUUACAUUGCGCUGGAUGACCUGGGGCGCUCUCCCAGGCCCACCUGGUCACAGGUGAGCGAAAGUCCGUCCCUGGACAGAAUCAGGCAGCAUUUCUACAAACACAAGCCGUCAGAAACCAAGGAAAUUCCUCCACCUGUGUAGGUUAAUUUUCAGGAGAAAAUUUAAACUAUAAUUUAAAAUCUUAAGCUUCUUUUCUACAGCAAAAAAAUGGGGGACUCUUGUUUUUUUAUCACACUUCACCGAGUGAGGGUAUUUUUAUUGUUUCUACGGACUAUGUAAAGAUACAGCUUUUGUGGGUGUCAUUGGAACCAUACAGUCACUGGAGCCCGGGGAGAACCUGCGCUCCCGGCGCCCCUCCCUUCCCGGCCUGCGUCUCAGAACUGCCCUGUUCCAGCUGCGGGAGCUGCCUGAGCACAGGAGCAGUUUGCCUUCACGUCCAGGCAGAACUGGAAAGGAAAGUCUUCCGUUUACUCUCGUGUUUCGGAAGCAAACUCUGUUCUUCAGCUGCGCUUCUCUCCGUCGGCGGGGCAGGUGUUUCCCUGCGUGUGUAUAUAUGUUCAUGUGUGUACAUAGGCACCUCCCUACCGGGUCUAUUUAUAGCCUCCAUGCUGCUGGCAGUGUGUCACUUUACAGCCCUCCCUGCGCCCACCACACAGGCUCCCGGCCGAGAGCAGGGCCAGGCCUCUCCAGAGUGUGUCUUCAAGGGCGUACAAGCACCGCAGCUUCUCUUCUGGUGAAUAAGUUAUUUGGGAAAUGGUGUGUCACCUCAUUUACUUAAUACAUUCGUUGUUCAGACACCCCCCUGCCACCCCAACCCGGGACUGUCCGUCAUUUCUCUGAUCGCUUCCUCAUAAAGGCACUUUAACACCUCGUGUUUCA